UAACCUAAACAUACAGGAAGGAACGACGUCGUUGAGGGGUGAAUAUUUCGCAAAAGAUACCAUUAUCGCAGUCUCGUUAGCACUUCAGCAGCCUCGCAGAAAAGCUACGCCGAAUCUUCUCCUCUCCCCCGUCGCCGAUCGCCUUCUUCAUCAGGUGGUUUGCUUGGGAGUUUUAUGCGUAGUUGCCCACAUGGCUGGCAAGGAUUCAAAAAGUGGCAAGGAUUCAAAAAGUGCAAGUGCUUCAAGUGCUCAGGGGAAGAAGAAGGAAGUGAAGAAAGAGACUGGUCUUGGUCUUACUUACAAGAAAGAUGAAAACUUUGGGGAGUGGUAUUCUGAGGUAGUUGUUACCAGUGAAAUGAUUGAGUAUUAUGACAUAUCUGGUUGUUACAUUCUGCGGCCAUGGGCAAUUUCCAUCUGGGAGAUAAUGCAAACCUUUUUUGAUGCUGAAAUUAAGAAAAUGAAGAUCAAGAACUGCUACUUCCCACUUUUUGUGUCUCCUGGCGUUCUGCAAAAAGAAAAGGACCACAUAGAGGGUUUUGCACCUGAGGUUGCUUGGGUUACAAAGUCAGGAGAGUCUGAGUUGGAAGUCCCUAUUGCAAUUCGGCCAACUAGUGAAACAGUUAUGUAUCCUUAUUUCUCUAAGUGGAUAAGAGGGCAUCGCGAUUUACCUUUGAGACUCAAUCAGUGGUGCAAUGUUGUGCGUUGGGAGUUCAGCCAUCCUACUCCUUUCAUUAGAAGCCGUGAGUUUCUAUGGCAAGAAGGGCACACUGCUUUUGCAACAAAGGAGGAGGCAGAUGCAGAGGUUCUUGAUAUUUUGGAACUGUAUAGAAGGAUAUACGAAGAAUACUUGGCUGUUCCUGUCACCAAGGGAAAGAAAAGUGAGCUUGAGAAGUUUGCGGGUGGACUCUAUACAACAACCGUUGAGGCUUUUAUUCCAAACACUGGUCGUGGUAUACAAGGUGCAACUUCGCACUGCUUGGGGCAGAAUUUUGCAAAAAUGUUUGAGAUCAAUUUUGAAAAUGAGAAAGGAGAAAAAGCUAUGGUCUGGCAGAAUUCAUGGGCCUACACUACCAGAACGAUUGGAGUGAUGAUCAUGGUUCAUGGGGAUGAUAAAGGGUUGGUGUUGCCACCAAAAGUUGCAGCAACCCAAGUGAUUGUUAUUCCUGUGCCUUACAAGAAUGCUAACACACAAGGGAUCUUUGAUGCAUGUGAUGCCACUGUUAAAAAGUUGAGUGAAUCUGGUAUUCGUGCGGAGGCGGACUUGAGAGAUAACUAUUCACCUGGGUGGAAAUAUUCUAACUGGGAAAUGAAGGGGGUUCCUCUUAGGAUUGAAAUAGGACCCAGAGACCUUGACAAUAACCAGGUAAGAGCUGUGAGGCGUGACAAUGGUGCUAAAACCGACAUUCCCAUGGCUAACAUAGUUGAACAAGUAAAAGAUAUGCUCUCUACUAUUCAACAAAAUCUCUUUGAUGUUGCAAAACAAAAGCGAGAAGCCUGUGUCCAGAUUGUGAAAACCUGGGAUGAAUUUGUGAAUGCUCUGAAUGGAAAGAAGUUGGUCUUGGCUCCUUGGUGUGAUGAAGAGGAUGUUGAGAAAGACGUGAAGGCACGGACUAAAGGAGAGAUGGGCGCAGCAAAGACACUUUGUUCUCCAUUUGACCAGCCUGAGCUGCCAGAAGGAACGCUGUGCUUUGCAUCGGGCAAGCCUGCCAAGAAAUGGACUUACUGGGGCCGAAGUUAUUGAUAUGUUAAUUACACAAUCAUGAUACUGUAAUCGUCUUGGACAAGAGUAUACUUUCUGUUGGCUUCAGUUUUCGUGAAAUAGAAGUGAAGUGUCCCCAUCAAUUCUUACAAAGGAAAUGAACUAAUUUUAUGACUAGAACUCUGUCAUUGAUCACUGUUUGAACAAUUCAGUUGAAGAAGUCAUGUUUUCUUUUGUUCAUUUGUCAUUUUUAAAAUCAGUUUCUGUAUUAUGAUAUGAGUAGGCAUUUUGGAGCA